GUACACUAAAAUCAAAGAUUUUUCUUAUCUUAGAAUAAAUAUAUCUUACAAUAAAAAAUCUAAAUAAGGAUUUUUUGUAAAUUAGCAUUUCUAUAAAUUAAUAAAAUUCCAAAGUCCCAACAUUAUUAAUUUAUAGAGGUUCUACAUUAGUCGUAAUUAAAAUAUUAAAACCAGCCCGAAGUGAUCCUUUGUGGUUGUGCUAGAGGUAUGUACUUCCCACAUCCACGUAGGAGGCGCGGUAGUAGACUAACUGAAUAAGCUCUGCAUCAUCUGAUCUUGAUGAGGAAAACUCUAAUUUCCAUUCAUAAUCGUCUGACCAACCGCAGCAUCAAUAAGAAUUCUGAAAUCCCUUGGUCUUGUAGGUUUAGUGAUAGUAAUUAAGGGACCGAGUUCAGUCAAGUAAUCAUACCAGAAGGAAGCUUUGAUGCCUUAGCGAAUGACACGUCUAAGGAGAUUGAAUAGCAUAGGAUUGAGCCGUAGCAUAUCUCUUACUGGUCUUGAGAAUCAAGACGCGUCAUCUGUCAGCCAAAACCCUCUUUUGCCAAAAACAUGAGUGUUAAUCCAACCAAAUGCCUGACCCUCCCUCUUCUUUAGGCCAACAAAUAUCAGUUCAAGAAUUUCUGGCUUUUCUUGCAUGUAAUCCUACUAUAUUUUUUUAAAGAAAUGCAGUACAUAAAAAAGCAGCCUUCAAGUGUAUUGUUCGGAAGGAAGAAAACUGAACUUCAAAAAUUGACUAUACCCUACACAGUCAAUGCAGCCAGCCUUAUCGUCAUGCCCGCAAAUGAGAGGAAUUUCAUAGUCCAACAAUGAAUUUUUGGCUUUUAAGCCAAUGUCUUAGUAUGAGGAUAGCAUACUGAUAUUACCACCCAAUGUAAGUUUGAAUUCAUAUAAGCAUUCUGUAACAAAGUUUCAUGAUAAUUUACAUAUGUUAUUAGCUACUUGAUCUAUUUAAUUUCAAAUUAAAUUUAUCGUAAGUGUCAUUCAAAACAACUUUUCAUAUAAAGUAUUUCUUUUACCCACCCAAAUUAAAACAAUAAAAUACUAGUGGAUUUCAGUAAUCAAAUUAAGAUAGAAUUGAUCAAUUAAUUAUUUUUUUAAUUUUGUAAAUAAUGUGAACUCUAUAUAUAAACUGAAAUAGAAAGAGUACUAUCAUGAAGCUUCGCGCGUGGCUUUCACCAAAAAGGUCUGCGAGUGGUUCUUACUUAUGUAAGUGUCACGAACUCCAUGAGGUAAAUCCUUAAUGUUUUCAUAUUUGUACCAAAAGGUGUUCUUCAUUUUGAAGGGAAUCUCUUUGUCAUUGAUUAUGGCUUAAAUGAUACUCGUUACGUUACUAUUCAAGUUCCGUAUAUAAGCCCAUGCUCUCCUCAUCCGCUACACCUUUACCCGUUUCUCAUAAUCUGUUGUGAAGUAUAACAUGAAGAGGUCAAUAGUUGCAAGCUCAGCCGAGUUACCAAAUGCAUCUGUCAAAGCAUCUCGCAUCAGGAUGGACCUGUUGCGCCAUAUUCACAUAGCAUGAUGGCAAUGCCUACAUCAACAAGAUGUUUGUUGAUGAAUUUAUCCUAAAGUUUUCAUAAUUUUUUGAUGAGUUAUUCUUAGUUCAUUUUCAUAUCUAUCUCAUAUGCAUUUAAAGAAUAUUUAAAUUGUAUAAAUAUAUUGGGGUAUUUGAUAUUUGGGUAAUUUAAUUAUUUUAAAUAAUAUAUCUAUAAACCAUUACGACUAUUAGUGAUGGUAACUUUUGGUGAUUAAUCAUUGUAAUUUUUGGUGUUAACAAUUAUAACUUUUAGCUAACUAUUUUAACGUUUGUUUUUUGUAACCAUUGCAAUCUUUAACUUUCUAUAUAAGAAGUCGUGAAUAUUGACAAAGAAUGAAAAAUAAAUAAAUAGUUGAGAUAAAAAAAAAAGAUAUCCAUUUUUAAUUGAUCAUCAAAUAUCUUGAAGAAAGACAUUGAUUACGAGAAUUUUUAGUUAUUAUUUAUCUACAUUAGCCAAAAACAUAAUGAAAAUGAUUGUCUUAUCCUAUAAAGAAUUUAUAAAGAAUUUUGUCUUAUCCUAUAUUACUAUUAUUAAUAAUAAUAACAAAUUUACUAAAAUGUCUUGUUUUUUUCUAAUUCUUAUAAACUGCAUAAUUUUUGUUAUGUUACCUGAUACGCUUUAAAUCGGAAAGGAUCACUUUAGCUGGGUGUUGGAUAUGAUCCGAGAAGGCAAACGACACUUCUGGAACUGAGAUGAAUUGAAAGGAUCGUCAAAAGAUGUGAAUGGCUCUUGAUAUACCCACGAUCUAAGGCUAACCACCCAAGAAAGAAUCUAGUGCGUUGGCUAACCACCCAAGAAAGAAUGUAGUGCGUUGGCUAACCACCAAACAACACACAAAGAUGAAUUGGCUAACCACCAAAUCAACAUGCCGGUUCAUACCAAUGAAGUAGCUAAAGAACUCUCUCUCUCACUCAGAGAAGAAACAAAAAUAAACUCAAAAACAUAGACUGAUUUUAUUCAUAGAAUGAGACUACAUAUUUAUAGUGUUUGUAGUCAAAGACUAAUAAAGAAAAUACACGGAAAAUGAUGCAUAUAAAAUACAAAUUUGACUAGUUCUGAAUAAACAAGUCAAAAAGUCAAAGACUCAGUCUUCCAUGCAGAGUGAACAAAGAUGGCCCUUCAGAUAAUGUUCAGGUUCCUCUCAGCUGCUGCCGACGGAGACCUCCAAAACACCAAAUGCGUAGUCCGUCUCAUCGACCAUUUCAAGCACGCUGGCCCCAACGGGCAGCACUUAUGCAUGGUGCUCGAGUUUCUCGGCGACAGCCUUCUCCGUUUGAUCAGAUACAACCGUUACAAAGGUCUGAAGCUAGACAAAGUCAGAGAGAUUUGCAGAUGUAUACUAACCGGUUUGGAUUACUUGCACAGCGAGCUCGGUAUGAUACAUUCCGAUUUAAAACCUGAAAACAUUCUUCUCGUUUCCACCAUUGAUUCUAGUAAAGAUCCGGUUCGAUCCGGUUUAACUCCAUUGCUGGAGAAGCCUGAGGGGAAUGCAAACGGUGGUGGUGGUAGUUCGACGAUGAAUCUGAUUGAGAAGAAGUUGAAGAGGAGAGCGAAGAGAGCUGUUGCUAAGAUCUCAGAGAGGAGAGUUUCUAUGGUGGGCGGUGCCUUAGGUGAAGAGGCAUCGUCCAAGAGUGAGAGGAGUCUCGAUGGGAUUGAUAUGAGAUGCAAAGUUGUUGACUUUGGUAACGCUUGUUGGGCUGAUAAACAGUUUGCUGAAGAGAUACAGACGAGACAGUAUAGAGCUCCUGAGGUGAUAUUAAAGUCUGGUUACUCGUUCUCUGUUGACAUGUGGUCUUUUGGUUGCACGGCGUUUGAGCUUGUCACGGGGGAUAUGCUGUUUGCUCCUAAAGAAGGGAAUGGUUAUGGAGAAGACGAGGAUCAUCUUGCUCUUAUGAUGGAGCUCUUAGGGAAAAUGCCGAGAAAGAUUGCUGUUGGUGGAGCGAGGUCUAAAGACUAUUUUGACAGACAUGGGGAUUUGAAGAGGAUCCGGCGGUUGAAGUAUUGGCCGCUGGAUCGGUUACUGGUGGAUAAGUACAAGCUUCCGGAAGCAGAAGCGAAGGAGUUUGCUGAGUUUCUGAGUCUGGUUCUGGAGUUUGCACCGGAGAAACGACCAACUGCUCAGCAGUGCUUGGAGCAUCCAUGGAUGAAUGUAGUAAGUACACAGAAUGAUGCAGAUAAUGUAGAAUCCCAAGUGAGGAACUUGAAGAUCAAAGGGUGAACAGAAACUCUCAGCUUCGUCUUUUUGUUUUGUCUCUUUUUUUUCCUUCACACCUUU